AAUUUCCUUCUAGACUUGCUCCGAGGGGAUUGGAGCGCCGCACUGAGUGGAGAAUUGGUAGCGGUCGGUUUCGGAUUGGGAUAUGGCGGUGCUACUGUUUCCUUUUUCACUUGGUUCUGCUGUAUUUUGGAGAGUUUGAUACUUUUGGGUCUGGCUUGAAGAAGGUGGAGAGACUCUUGUUAGGUGGCGAUGUUGGUGGUUGUGGCUCAUAAGGGUAUAUUGGGUGUUCCAUGUUUAGGAGGGUAUUUUGGGUAUUAAGAAAGAAAAUCAACUGACUUAACAGUUACUUCUAACGAUUGAGAUCAUUAGAUAGGAUAUUUUUCUUGAAAAAGAGAUGAAUGAUAUUUUUUAAAAGAUACGAGGCUAAGUUGUUAUUUCAUCAUGGUUCAGGGGAGUGAUAUAAACUUCCACCGAAGCUGAGGUGGGUAGUUUGGUAAUUAAGCCGUUAACAACAAUAAGUCGGGAAAUUGUCUUCCUAGUGAGAGGCAGCAUGAGCAAAGCAAGAUGCAGUGGUACUUCGUAGCUGCGCUUCUCACCAUUCUAACCAGUUCUCAGGGAAUUUUGACUACACUCUCACAAAGUGAUGGGGGAUAUAACUAUGACUAUGCAACUGUUCCUUUUCUUGCUGAAGUUUUUAAGCUCCUGGUAUCUUCUUUUCUUCUUUGGAGGGAGUGCAAGUCAUCACCUCUUCCAAGGAUGACCACAGAUUGGAAAAGCAUGCGUUUGUACCCGAUUCCUUCCAUUAUAUACUUAAUCCACAACAAUGUUCAAUUUGCUACCCUUACAUAUGUGGAUACAUCAACAUAUCAGAUAAUGGGUAAUCUGAAGAUUGUCACAACUGCCAUAUUAUUCAGGCUGUUCCUGAAGAGGAAACUGUCUAAUCUGCAGUGGAUGGCAAUUGUUCUGCUAGCUGUUGGUACAACCACGAGCCAGGUCAAAGGUUGUGGUGAGAAUUCAUGUGACUCCCUUUUCUCAGCUCCAAUCCAAGGUUACAUGUUGGGGAUCCUGUCUGCUUGUCUGUCGGCCUUAGCAGGAGUUUAUACAGAAUUUCUGAUGAAGAAGAACAACGACAGUCUGUACUGGCAGAAUGUACAAUUAUAUACGUUUGGUGCGAUCUUCAACAUGGCACGGCUUCUCCUGGAUGAUUUCAAGAGUGAAUUUGAGGAGGGACCAUGGUGGCAACGCCUGUUCAAUGGAUACAGUAUUACAACGUGGAUGGUGGUACUAAAUCUUGGAUCGACUGGGUUGCUAGUCUCAUGGUUAAUGAAGUAUGCUGACAAUAUUGUGAAGGUGUACUCCACAUCAAUGGCAAUGCUUUUGACGAUGGUCUUAUCUUCGUACCUCUUCAAUUUCAGGCCGACAAUGCAGCUUUUCUUGGGGAUUAUUAUCUGUAUGAUGUCACUACACAUGUAUUUUGCUCCUCCAACUUUGCUUGUAGAUUUGCCUUUGACAGUAAAAGCAACCACCAAGAAUCUUGCCGAAGUUUCUGUUCAUCAAACAACUGAUUCCUGAUGGAAGUCAUCACAGUUAUUAAAUCAACUAAUUCGUUCUCCGGUGUCCACUGAAAGGUGCAUAGCAAUAUUUUUUUUCAUAAGUAAAUUGCUUAGCAGUUUUCUUGCCAUAUAAAACUUGUUGCAUGAAA